AUGCUUGGUGUAAAACUAGCUGUGAGGAAUGGAUUGCGGAGAGCUUCGUGGCUUUCUUUGCACACCAGAACACCUUUGGUUCGCCGUGUAACCACGGCUUCUUACGGUUCAUCAAUCAAGCCAAGAAAAGACCUUUGGCAGAAAUGGAUCUACGGUUUGGGAGUGUUUGGAGCACUUUCGGUGGGAGUUUACUACUAUUACUGGCCUAGAAACACAUUUCCUCCUACUGUGGCCAAAAUCCUAAGAAAAGCGCUGUGGGAGGAAAGUGACAGGAAAGACCACGACUACCAAGCUGCACUCAAAUAUUACUUGGAGGCUCUGCAGGAGUGCAAUAAGCUCGAAAUGGAUCCUGUUAGUGAUGAGUACACCGGGAUCGAGCUCAAAGUGGCCGAAAUGUACGAAAGACUCGAUAUGAGCGACCACGCCCAUGAGCUGUACUUGGAGAUGCUGUACCGCUAUUUCGACGCGCUGCAUAGCCCAGGACGCAUUGCGGACAACAUACGGCCCCAUUUAAUCCAGAAAGACCUCAGAAUCCUGAUUAAGUCGCUGGAAAUGAAUAAGGACGUCCAAAUAGGCAAGAGAAAUCUGCUGGCACAUUUGCUGCUCGCGCAAGAGGGAGUGCUCAGCCGGUCGCCAGAGCUUAAGAAAUAUUUCGAGGAGCGUAAAGAACGCACUGCGAAACUGUUCAAGGGCGAGUCCGUUGUGCAAUCGCUCGAUUUCGACCGUAUUGUCAACGAAGACAACAUCAAGCUGAAUGAAGAGUCCUACAUGAUCGUGGACAUGGCCAAGAACAGCAGCGCAUGGGAACCUUUCAAAGAGGAGUUUUUCACUGCCAGGGAUCUAUACACGGCGUAUUGUUUGUCCACCAAAGACAUCUCGUCCGCACUGAGCUGCAAGCUCACCACCGUGGAAUGGAUGGUCAUGGCUGAUAUGCCACCUGGCCAAAUUCUGCUGUCGCAGGCUAAUUUGGGAUCCCUUCUAUACUUGCAGGCCGAGAACUUCGAGACCAAGAUCCACCAGCUGACCCAGCAGCGCGAGCAAGUCGCCGCGAAGUCUGGCGACGAGACCGUUAUAAGAGCCCUGCGCCAGCUGCAUAAGAACAGAGACUCAUGUUUUGAGAUGGCAACCCAAUGCUACGACAGUAUCGUCAAAUUUUCCAAAAAAAACAAGAAACUGAGAUUCAAUGCCAAAGACCUGAUGGAUCCCUCAGCUGCACACGCAAUUGCCCUCUCCAUUUACGGAACUGGUGUCAUCAGUCUACACAGACGAAACUUGGCCAAAGCUGAGAGACUUUUGAACGAGUCUAUUGCACUAGCUGAAGAGACCAACUUUCAAGAACUCCUCACAGAGGCACAUCAAGAACUGCGCAAAGUCGCACUUGCAAAGGCAGCGAGCACUCCAAAGUCAACAGAAGAAGUACAGGCCAGUUAA